GCUAGGGAACUACAAGAUGGCGGAGAGCGCGGAACUGAAGCAAAUGGUAAUGAGCCUGCGGGUGUCGGAGCUGCAGGUUCUUCUGGGCUACGCCGGGCGCAACAAGCACGGUCGGAAGCAUGAGCUGCUGACCAAAGCUCUCCACUUGCUGAAGGCUGGCUGCAGUCCGGCCGUACACAUGAAGAUCAAGGAGCUGUACAGGCGCCGCUUCCCCACUAAACUGCUCUCGCCAGCUGAGCUGGCGCUGCAGGGGGUGCACGCGCCCGCCGUCUCACUGCCCACCGGCCUCACCCAGCUGCCGUUUGACGGACACGCGUCUCCCACCUCCCCACUGCUGCCCAUAUCGCUCCUGGGCCCCAAGCAUGAGCUGGCACUACCCCACCUGCCCUCCACGCUCCACCCUGUCCACCCCGACGUCAAACUGCAGAGGCUGCCCUUCUACGACGUGCUCGAUGAGCUCAUCAAACCCACCAGCCUCGCUUCAGACAGCAGUCAGCGCUUUCAGGAAACGUGUUUUGCUUUUGCAUUAACACCACAGCAAGUCCAACAGAUCAGCAGUUCUAUGGACCUCUCGGGGACCAAAUGUGACUUCACAGUACAAGUACAGUUAAGGUUUUGUUUAUCAGAAACCAGCUGUCCACAAGAAGACCACUUUCCUCCUAACCUCUGUGUAAAAGUCAAUGGGAAACCAUGCAACCUUCCGGGGUACCUUCCUCCUACCAAAAAUGGAGUUGAACCAAAGCGUCCCAGCAGACCCAUCAACAUUACCUCACUGGUCAGACUGUCCACCACUGUCCCCAACACCAUCGUGGUGUCCUGGACAUCGGAGAUUGGAAGGAGUUACUCCAUGGCUGUGUAUCUGGUGAAGCAGCAGUCAUCUACAGCGCUGUUACAGAGACUCCGUGCCAAGGGCAUCAGAAACCCAGACCACUCCAGAGCACUCAUUAAAGAAAAGCUAACAGCAGAUCCUGACAGUGAAAUUGCCACCACCAGUUUGCGUGUGUCAUUACUCUGCCCGCUGGGGAAGAUGCGGCUAAUGAUCCCGUGCAGAUCGUUAACGUGUACCCACCUGCAGUGCUUCGACGCCACACUCUACAUCCAAAUGAACGAGAAGAAGCCCACCUGGGUGUGUCCCGUCUGCGACAAAAAAGCACCAUACGAACACCUUAUUAUCGACGGGUUGUUUAUGGAGAUCCUGAACAGCUGUGUAGACUGUGAUGAGAUUCAGUUCAAGGAAGAUGGCAGUUGGGCCCCCAUGAGGUCGAAAAAGGAUGUGCAAGAGGUGUCUGCUUCAUACAACGGCAUAGAUGGAGGGUGUCAACCAUCAGCGCCCGAGCAGAAAUCCAGCUCCCACACAAACGGCAGCGGCGGUAAGAAAGUGGAGGUGAUCGAUCUGACUCUGGACAGUUCGUCUGAGGAUGAGGAAGAGGAAGAGCCGCCUGUAAAGAGGAACUGCCCCUCCCUGUCACCGGUAUCGCCACAGAUGAACAAGGGAGUGUUGAAUUUGUGUACUCAGGCGUCUCCUGCAAGUCGAACUCCCAGCAUGCCUCAGGUGGAGACCAACUACAUCCCCCCUCCUCCACCACUCAUACAGGACUAUCGCCACUACUAUCCUACACCCACACCCAAUGAUCUCUCAGAUCUGAACUUUUUCUCAUUUUUACAAGGAGAGAAUCAUCAGCACUAUAACAUGGUGAUGGCAGCGGCGGCGGCAGCCUCGGCGUCCGAGGAUCACGACCUCCUGCUGAACCGGUUCCUGCCGUACAGCUCCUCUCAGCUCUUCCUGGAUGCUCCCGGCACACCGGUGAGUAGCAGCGGCAGUGCAGUUCACGCUGCUCUGAACGUCAACCGCAGCAACAGCAACAGCUCCAGCAGCAGCAGCCUUCCCACAAUCCCCCGCUCCGGCUCGGACAUAUACAGCUCCAUCCCCGAUAUCAUCUCGCUAGACUGAUCCGCACCCUCGCGCUCCAAACGGACUCCAUACAUUUGGUGUUGGGGGGAGGGAAAGAAAAACAAGAAAGAAGCCAGAAAAAACGAAAGUGAGGUGUUUAUUUGAUUUUUUUUUUUCCUAAAUGACGAACGUUUGCUAUGUACAGAGAACAAAUAUAUUUUCAGUUUUACUUUUUGUAUAUAUAAACUCAAAAGACUUUUUUUCCUAUUAUGCGAAUAACUAAGGUUUGAUUUUCUUCCAUGGGAAAAAAGACUUUUUUUAUUUCAUCACAGAUUGUUGUGUUGUCGUCCCCUUGAUUAUACUGUUAUAAUAUUUUAUAUCUUUAUGGUCUUUUGCUACAUGAUAUUUAGUGUCAUUUCUGAUUCCACGUCGAAGGCGCUACUCCCCCACACAGGGACAUCGCAGCGUGUUUGCCCUUCCCUCGUCCGCAUGGGCGUUCCAGAUGGACAGAGACAUGCUUCUUUAGUGCUGGCAGUGUUUUUCAGCUCGCAGAUGGUUUUAUAAUACUUUUAAAUUAUAUGAAGUAUGUGAACUGUUAAGCAUUUCUUUAUCUUCAGGAAUCUGCUGUCUCCUGCCAUUGCUUUUUCUCUUCUUCUUCUUCUUCUUAAUUAUAUUACACUUAUUUAUAAUGAAGAGCAGACACAUUUUGCUCUGAUUGUACUGUCAUCUUUGUAGAAUUUGUGCUAAAUCACUUUUUAUAUUUCAGACCACUUUGUUUUGCACAAUGCCAAAAGCGAUGCCACAGAAAAUCAUUCUCUUUCUUUCUUUCUUUCUUUCUUUCUUUCUUUCUUUCUUUCUUUCUUUCUUUCUUUCUGUGAUUCAAACUGUAUUUCACAGUUCCUUUCGUUUGUGGGUUGUUGGGUUUUUUUGUUUGUUUUUUUUGAGGUGAUCAAGGAAGUGUGUGUCAGCCUGAAAGAUUUCUAGUGGUUGGAAAGUUUGCCACUCGUCUGUGUUUUGAUCUGAUGCAUCAUUUCUCUAGCUUACACACACACUUUCAUUUUAUUCUGCUAUUCUCUGAGUAGGAGUGUGUGUGUGUGUGUGUGUGUGUGUGUGUGUGUGUGUGUGUGUGUGUGUGUGUGUGUGUGUGUGUGAAUCAGAAUUUGAGCUGUUAUGACUCAGAACUGCUCCUACCCAUAUGAGAAGUUUUAUAUGCAGCUUUAUAAUAAGCAACUCUCGCACUUCGAGUUCUGCUCGAUACUCUAACUGAUGCCUGUUCACCGCUUUGACCCUCAUCCUCGAGCUUGUGACCUAGGAAUUGAUCAAAUUUUAUAGAAAUGAAAUAUAUCCGAUCAGAGGUGCUCGGAUACAUUUCAUCUCCAAACACAGAAACCUCCUACUCGGCAUAGUUAGGCUAAAAUUGGGAAAUCGAUUUAACCUUUGUUGUUCAUAAAUAUAGCUAGAUAAGCUAGCUAAUGCUUGGAUUCCGCUAUCCCAACGUUUUCGCUGUAUUCAGCAGGUGGCGCUGUGAUCAGUCGUCCAAUUCCAGGUCGUUCCCAGCCAAAACAGUACUCAUUGUGACGCUUAUAAAAUGUUGUCAAACGUACAAAUACGCAAAUUAUCGCCCAUGCCACAUCCAUUAUUGUGCUUAAGUUAGGGCUUGUGGUCUGGGUAACCGCAUCUACUUCACGCGGCCUGUAAGAUAUAUUUGUGCUUAUCAUGCUUAUUGAUGGGCCAGUUAUAGUGAAAUCAUAAUGAUGUUUGAUUUUUUUGAUAUUAAUCACAUACUUGAAUAAUCAAACAAAUAUUUCCUCAAAAGAAUGCAUACAGAGCAAAAGAAUGCUCAUUUAAAUUUUGAUGAGUGCUGAUUCUAUAUUGGUGUAUAGUUCAUAUAUUUGGGGAUAAGACUUCUGGUAACAGAAAGUAACACACAUGGCUCCCUCGAGAUUGCCUGCGGUUAUGGAGAAUGUGGAGAGAAUGCAUGGACAUGCAAGUUCAAUUAGUUGAAACAAUCACAGCAUUCGGUAAUGCACGAGUCCUCGUGAGUUUUCAAACAUUUCAAAUUGUCAAUCCCCGAAUAUUUGAGAAGUUGAUGUCUAAAUACCAGCAUAACAUCCUAACUCUGGUUCAUAGCCCAAUUCCAAAAACCUACCCAAUAAUAAUAUCCCUCAUAUUCCUUGAAAACUUUCAAUGUUUUGAGGAUGUUUUGAGUUGGGAAUGUAAAUCAUGAGCCUCUUCAGUCAGUAUACGUUAAAACACCAAACACCAAUGCGAACAGAAAUGAAAUUGGACGUGUCCAUUUCCUGCAAAUAUCACUCUAAUCAACUAAUGUCAAGGAGUCCAGGGGUGUGGCACUUCGAGGUUACACUCACAGUGACAAGAAUGAUCAAAUUGACAAAUUUACGAUUUAAUAGACUAUUUUCAUCACGAAAAACAUUUACUUGAUGGCUCCGUAUCUUUUAAAAUUUACAAGAUGUUAUUAAACUUAAAACAAACCACAAUAAACCCUGAAUAAACACUUUACUUUCGUUGGUUUGGGCUGUGCGGCGUCCACCGUUGUUGACAUUGUUGAAUGACCCAGUGACGCGCGCGCCACCUGUUGAAUACUCCGCACAUAUCAACGUAGCGGAGCCUAGCCAUUAACCAGUGCAGUCGUAAGAUCGAAUACCAGUGUUCGGGUAAUAUUUUGGGCAUCUUGCGAGCUGCUUUAAUCAUAACAAAAACACCUCGAGUAAAAGCAGCCUACAGUGUGCUGGAAUUUAUACAAAACGUGCAGAUGAUGAGUCAGGUGAUUUGUGAUCCACACCUGUAGUGUUUUAUUUUAUAGUCCUCAGUAAUGAAUGCCGCUUUAAUAUGAUGCUUUAGUGAUUAAAUGACUAAUUUGGCAAAUAAAUAAAUAGCCAUUGAUUUAUGUCCUCACAUCUCUUCUUCUCAUCCAUUGCCAUUCUUUAGAGAGAGAGAGAGAGAGAGAGAGAGAGGUUAAGAAAAGGAGAAAAAGAACCAAAAUAACCUACAAGAUACCAUGCAGCCUUUUUAAACAAUGAAAUGGCUGGAUCUUAGCAGGUGCGAGAGAAAAGGUCUAUUUCAGACACAGCCCCGGCAUAUGAGAAUGAGCGUGACCAUUUACUCUGCGGCGGCUCAACACUUCCUGUGUUGAUUAAGAACAAUGUAUUUAUUUAAAGAGUUAUUUAAAUUAAGAAAGGUUAAAUGUACCUCAUUUUGCUUGAGAUCGUUUGGGAUAUCGAAAGCUGUUUGAGAGCUUGUCCCGACCCCUGCUUGCGUUUCUAGCUGAGAUAAUGAUAUAAUUGUCUUCUCGUUAUUCAGCUUUCAUAGUGUAACUGAUGGUUUUCUUAACGGUCCACGUUUCCAUCACCGGCUAAACGAUGCUUUUUUUUUCUUUGCUUUUUAGUGCAUAAAAAAUCUUCAGUAUUUUCAGUUCUUUUAUCAUCCUGUGACCUCAUGAAAUAGUGUUUAGUUCAGCUCAAUAUCGUAGACAGCAAAUACUUUUCGGAGUUGAUUCUCUCUGUCUGUCACUCAGCUGCUUUGUAAAGGAGAGAAAGUGUUCAUGACGCGGUUUAACGUGUAACGUCAUCAUGACUGACCUACAUUUUAAUAGUCCUGGUUGUUUCAUUGAUAUGGGAGAAUUGAUUCUCUUGUGUAAAAUGCUGCAUUCGCUCAUACAAAUAGAAGUUUUAUUGUAUUCUAGACAAACUGAUGGUCGCAACCUCUUGUGCUUUCAACACCCGCAGUAAUGUUCUAGUUUUGUAUUUAAAUAAAUAACAUGCUCUCUGACAGUGUUAAAGACUAAUUGUCUGGUCAUAUUUGUUCAAUAUCUGAUGCUGUGGAUCUCACUUCCACCAUCAAACCAACAUGAAGUCCGUAAAUAGUUAAUCAUAAGUCAAUAAAUCCAUCAACAUCACCAUUGAUUUCAAUAUAGUUCUCUGCUUUCUUUCUCUGCCUGUAUGUUUGAUAUUAAUUACGAAACAUACAAAGGUGUGUGUGUGUGUGUGUAAGAGAUUUGAUUUGAUUUAUUAUCAGGGUAACUGUGUGAACGCGACUGAUUGCUGUGAUAUGUAUUUGUAUUCCGGCCCCUGGAACAUCACAUCGAAUCAAUUUCUAUACUUUCUUUUUUCCAAAUGCAAAAAACCUGCUAUAAAGUAGAUGUUGUGUCUGAGUCAGAUUUUAUUUUAUUCAUUUAUUUUCCUUUUCCUCUAAGCUGACAUCUGCGCUCACUGCCUUAAACUUCACUUCCUCUGCUCUGUUUGUGGCAUGUCUGAUAAGAGAAACGACUUUUUAAGGAGAUGUGGAAGAAAUAUUGUAUAGUAGAACAAUGUCAGUUUGUAUAAAGUACUAAGGGAAAAAAUAUUUAUUACAUGCAUUGGAAGAAAUUGUUUACUUAAUAAAUGUUACCUGUUUAUUUAGGGACGUUUAGAUGUAAUAAAUACACUGAGUUAAACUUUU